GUGCACGCGAAGGAGCUCGCUGAUGUACUUAAGCGUGGCGGAACUUGCACAGAAAACACUUUCUACGGUGUUGUGAGCGACAAUGUCGCGUGAAGACGAGCUGACAGCAGUGUUUUCGACCUUGGCGCGCGGGGCCGGCGACUUACUGGACGCGAUGUAUCACACGCCGAAGGAGCAUCGGGAGGAUAUGGCGGUAAGAGCACAUUGAUUGGACCGCUCAUGCGUUGUUUACGGACCGUCUGUCAAGCUUGUGGGAAGGACGAGGAGGACUGCUUGAAGGGCGGUCGACGGUGCUGGGAGUACGUGCGGCGGCCGAACAAGGGCGGGCGCGUCGUAUCGGCAUGCCUGGACUGUCACCUGCUGAAGGUAAAUUGCGGUGAGUGGCUGAAUGUUCAUAUUGAUCAGAGCAAUGAGUUGCUGAUGCGAUGGGGACAGAGACCACUGGGCGGAUGGAAUCAGUGACAAGCACAUGAGACUUCGGUGUUGUCUACUGUGCAUUACAUCUUGUCGAGAAGUCG